AUGGCUGCUGAACUUGUCAAUCUCGCAACCAGUGAGAAACUAUCUGAAAUGGAUUGGACGAAGAAUAUUGAAAUUUGUGAGUUAGUUGCAAGAGACCACAGGCAGGCUCGAGAUGUAAUUAAAGCAAUAAAGAAACGUUUAGGAAGUAAAAAUGCGAAUGUCCAGCUACUUGCAGUAAAUUUGUUGGAGAUGCUGAUGAACAAUAUUGGAGAACCAGUCCAUAAGCAGGUUAUUGAUACAGGGGUCCUCCCUGUUCUUGUAAAGAUAGUGAAGAAAAAGUCUGACUUGCCAGUAAGGGAGAAAAUUUUUCUUUUGCUAGAUGCUGCACAAACAUCUGUCGGGGGAGCCUCUGGGAGAUUCCCUCAAUAUUAUUCUGCAUACUAUGAAUUGGUGAGUGCGGGAGUACAGUUUACACAGAGGCCUGAUGUUGUCAUGAAAAGUGCACCUGCAUCUCAUGCUAAUAACAGCAAUCCAGCUGAAGUAGCUGCAGCUCUUCCCGCUGAGACACACACGGCAAAAGUUGAGUCUCGGAAAAUUUCAGAUUCUAGUAUUCUACAGAAGGCUGAAGCUGCAUUGGAAGUGUUGCGAGAAGUGAUUGAUGCCGUUGAUACUCGCCAUCCUGAGGGAGCAAAGGAUGAGUUCACUCUUGAUCUGGUUGAGCAGUGUGCUUUCCAAAAGCAGCGAGUAAUGCAUCUUGCAAUGACAUCAAGGGAUGAUAAGCUUGUUACUCAAGCUAUUGAGCUCAAUGAUCAGCUUGAGAGAGUUCUCCGAAGGCACGAUGCACUUGUGUCUGCAAGGCCCACAUCAACAUCAAAUCAUGUUCACCUGGAGGAGCCAGAGGAAGAAGAGGAGGCAGAACAGCUUUUUCGAAGGAUAAGAAAAGGAAAGGCAUGUCUUCAGCCAGGUGAUGAGAGCCCCCAAAUCAAUGGGACUUUAGGUUUGCUUGGAUCUUCUGGAAGAGCAGGAAUGCUUAAUCGUCCACUUAUACGGCCUUUGACUCUGGAGCCAAAACAUGAUACUAAUGGAAGCAAAGCUGCUGCCUCGAUUCCACCACCACCGGCGAAACAUGUUGAGAGGGAAAAAUUCUUCCAGGACCAUAAGGCUGACGGCUCGGGUCUUGCCAAUCAUGUCCGGGGCCUUUCUUUGCACAGUCGAAAUGCCAGCACUAGCUCUUGCAGUGGAAGUAUGGAUUUCAGCAACGAUAACUUUCAUUAA